AUGAAUGGAUUGCUUCGUCUUAAUUUAACAAAUGAACAAGCAAGUCAAAUAAAAAUUCCUUUUGUACAAAUUGCUGGAACCAAUGUUCAGAUGCUAUUAGAAGUGUUGCUCAAUGGAUUUUAUUUAAUGGUGCCUAGUCCAAAAUUUCAGAUCCCAACUAAAAUAGAUCAAAUAGUCAAGUUAAGGCAAACUGUAAGGAUUGUUCAACAUGUUAUGACUAAGAUACCAAUAGCACCCACAACUAGUGGAUAUGAGAGGCUUGUACCAGAUAAUUCACAUUGUAUGAGGCCAAGGAAAAAUGAAGGAAUAUCUUUACCAGGAGCACGCGCAUCAAUGUAA